GAGAAAAAUAUAAAAGUUCUCAGAAAAAUAUUUUGAUUANAAUCCAGCCCAACAAACGGCUCGCGAUUUCGUUGAGUAACGAAGAAGAUAUGGCCAAAAUACCGGGACUGCGCCAGUGGUGGCGAGCUCCUCGGGUUGGACCAUUUUCUUCACCAAAUUCAUAUUGUUUCAUUCCAAGAACUUACCAUAAACUCUCUAACACUUAUUAGGAACAUCCGGAAGGUAUCGUAGAGAAGGUUCGGCGUUAGAAUAUUGAAGUUAAUGAGAUAAUCGUCGGAAUCAUGUUCAUCGACAUACCCGAAAUUCUGGACAGCAACUUUCUAUUGACUUCAGGUCCGAUUUACGCCAUCUUACAUAUGUUAAAACGAAAUACUUUCUAUACGAAAGUUGUAGCCUUACAUCUUAGGAGUCCACAGAAUCAAACGGUUUGCAAUUCCGUGAAGAAACGAUGGAUAUAUGCCCAAAUUACCGCAAGCUGUCCAGUUGUGACGGAAAUGACAAAGUUGGCAAAUUUCGAUGUUGUUUCCACUCCCGCUCAUCCGCGCAUAAGGUUUCGGCCGAUGAUUUCCAGGUCUGUACCUUUGCGUUAGACUUGUCGAAUCAUUCAUCACAUACGUACAUGAGCAUAUAUGUUAAUCCAUUUGUUGAAAUCAUUCUAAAAUAUAUAUGUGAUGCAUAUACAAGUCAUCUAUGUGUUAAGACUAAAAUAUACUAAAUUCAUAAAGUUAAUAUAUAUACAUAAGUAUACUUAACCAUUUGAAAUCAACCCAACAAUAUGUAUAUGUUAAUCAAAGGUGUUUAAAAUGCUUAAAGAAAUAUUUUGGACACUCAAAAUAUCAAGAGGUAGAUUCGCAGAACCAAACGGUCGAGGCAAACGGUCGACCGUCGUAUUAAAUUUUGAAACGGAUCACGACUGUCAGCCAAACGGUCAACCGCCGGUGGCUGACGGUCGACCAUUUGCAGCCAGUCAACAACGGUCGACCGCCGGUCAACCGCGGUCGACCGUCACGGUAAUCCGGCAUCUCGAUGCAAAGAAGAUCAAGGUCGACCGUCCCUCCAAACGGUCGACCGUUCCGAGCCCCGUAGCUUAAUUAAAUGAUAUUUUUAUCAGAUUUCAUCCAAAUAAAAUAAAGUAUAUUUAUCCAAUCAUGUUGUUUACAAAUUGUUCAUAUCAUUUGAUUCAUUACAUCAUCCAUAUUGAAACAUAUCACAUCAUGUGCAUGCGCAAGAGAUCAGGCGAAAGUGCGUCUCUUGUAGUGUGAUGUGCGGGACUUAUUAGUCCGACAUCACCCGUUCCGGGCUUAGUGUACGUACAUGGUAUUCAGGUUUUGAGUACCACCCCUACUUUCUAGUCUCCCUUGAGAGACUAAGGCCGCGUGAGUUCGUCGUACCAAAUGGGCGAAUCUCAUAGCGCAAGGGUGUCCUUGCUCGUUAGAAUCAUGCAUCAUGUUAUCAUCAUCAAGUACAUCGAUUACAUAGGUGUCGUGUAAUCAUCAUCAAGAUCAAGUAUAUUGAUUACAUAAGUAUCAUGUAAUCAUCCUCACAAAAAUUGAAUGUGCCAUCAUGUAAUUAUCAUUAAAUAUUUAUCAUCAU